UUUAUGAAGCUGUUGCUUUCGUGGUUGCUCGGAAUAAGGAAGUUUUUUUUCUCCUGGUGAAACUCACGAACCCCAGGAUGCCAAAUAUGGACUUCUCUAUUUACUGCUGACAUACACUUGCAGGGCGGAGGUGCUGGCUGAGAGACCAGCGGCAGGUGUUAUCAACCUUUCUGCUACCUGAGUGGUUGGUAAAAAUAAACAUCUCGCGCAAUGUGAAACCGGCUGUAGUAUAAAAAGAACUGCACUGGUUCCUGGGAGUCCUAUAAACAUUAGCGCUUUGUGGCUAAGGCACCUGUCUUCAAACAGGCCAAGAAAGGCAGGAAUACUAGCAGAAAGCAUCUAAGCCAUGGAAACCCAAAGGAGGAGACCAUGGGAAACAGAGAGCCAUCACAGGGGAAAGUUCCUAUCUCUAGACAAGAAAGACGCCAAGAAGGUGUUGGAAAUUUAUGUCAAGCGCACACUGAGCAAUUGUGAGGAUUCCUUUGCUGCUAAGAAGAGGGUGGAGGAGGCCAACGGUGCACAGGGGAAGAAGAUGACUAAGCUCCAAAGAGCAGCAAGUGACUUCUACGGGUACUCAGGUUCCAAGAUAGUCAUGAGGAAGGGCCAAGCAGACAGAGCCCAGGCACUGAGGCUGGAAGACGCGCUCAGCGAGAAGAGCAAACCAUUGGCUUGUGAGAAUGCUACAGAAGACGAGCAGAAGCCAAAGGGGAAAGGCUUGAAGAACUUGUCCCAGGGGAAAAAUCAACACCCCUGGAUCAAGACUCUCCUGAAUUUCUUCUACGGGAAAAACAGUGAUGACUAUAAAGAACACUCCGAUAAAAAGACGAAGGAAAAAGAGGCCAGCAUGGAGCGGGCUCCUAGCUGCAUAGAAGCAGAAGCGGCUACAAGAACUGGAGCAGACUCCAGUUCAUUGCCGCGGCCUGGGAAAACCAUUAAAAAGAGAUCCACCCUCAGGAGAGCUUUCUCCUUUAAGAAACAUGCCACCGAGGAGGAAAAGAAAGCAGGGCCGGAAGCAGGAAUAAAAGCAAAGAGGCCCAGCUUUCUUCCACUGCGGAGCAUUCACAGGCCGUCCUCACAAGACAGGGAAGAACAUGAGCUUUACUGCACACAAGUCUCGGAAGAGAUACAAUUGAUAAUCCAGGGCAAUGAAGCCAAGAGAAAAAGAAAACACAGUUACAAAGAGCUACUGAGACCUGCCGGCACUCCUGAAUCUGAAGAAGCCAUCAUAAGAAAAAUAGUUGCCCUGCUCAAGAGCACUGGAGAUCACUUGGACGAGAAGAUAAAAGAAGACACAAAUCUCACCACGUUCUUCAAAGAUAUCUCCUACAGCUCCUUCAAGCACUUAGCCGAUGUCUACGUCAAUAAAGAAGUGACAGCCCAAGUGCCUGAGAUGUCUCCCGAGGAGAUAAAAUUUGCAUUCGCUGUGCACUUAACUGCCAAGGUGGCCGGCAUCUGUAACCACGCAGUGAACAGGAUCAUGGGCUUUGGAGACCAAUAUCUCCAGGAUACUUUUGUGCAGUUUUCCUACAGCAAGAACGUCAGGGACUGUGAGAAGUUCAGCACUAGCAGCUGUGAAAGCCCAGACUGAAAACUGCUCCCCAGGAGUUUGCUUUCUGAACUGCUACCAGUACCUAUGGUAUCUUCAACUUCAGCCCCACCUCUGUGAAACAGGAAGCCAUCCUGGGCUGGGAGGGACCAGCUGUCACUGACUCCUGCAUUUGGUAGAAUUUCGUGGAGCAUGAAUUAAAAACCACGGAAGAAAAUGAGUAACAUGGGGGUCAACAUGGAGAACAUAAAAGACAGCUAGCUAAGGAUGAAUAUUCAGUAGCUAAUGCUAAUACUACCUUCAUCUGACUAAUCUGUGAUAGUCCUCUAUUGACCAAAUUGUUGCAUAUGAUAGCUUUAUGAACUAUUUUAACUCCAGGAUAUAAAAAUAUAUUUACUUCUUCUACCAUUCAAGGCCCUGGUAAGAAAAAUCACUUAAGCACAUGCUUAAUAUUAAGCACGUGCUUAAGUGUUCUCCAUGAAUAGGAUGCUUUACUAAAUUGGGCUCCAAUCCUGUUGGUAGGUCUUUUAUUUAUUAUAAUUAAUGCUAUUCAAAUUCUGCAAGGGAGAUUAAACCUCAUGUCUCAGGGUUUAACCAAUCUCCAAGUAUUAGAGAUUGGGAUGAAACCAACGAGGUCAGAUUAUCUGCCAUCGGCUACUGCUGGAGUUCUUGCAUCUUCCUAUAAAGCAUCUGGUGCUGGCCACUGUCAGAGAUGGGAUACUGAACUAGAGGGGCCACAGCUCUGAGCUUCUAGGGCAAUGCCUGUAUUCUUAUGUUCUUGGUUUGUAAUGCAAAUGCUGUUACAGUGCAAUGCCCGGGAAGCCGCUGGAUGUGAUGGUGCCAAACUAUUGCAUCCAAUAGCAUGGUGAUUCUUUCAAACAUAAACGUGAGGGGCAUGGAAUUUCUGUGGAAUGAAGGGACAUUUUGGGACAAAAAUGGGCAAUACUUCUCAGAAUGAAGGACAUCUGAGAGUUCCAUUUCCCCAUCAGAGGACUGUGAUGUAAUCACUAUGCAAGGGGGACUGGAAAUCAUUUGGCUCUGUCAUCACCCUCAACCAAACCAUUCUCAACACUGGUUGAGAGUCCACCGAGGACGUGUCUUCAACCACGAGCCAUUUUCCUACUGUAGACAGCAGGGCCAUAAACUCUGCUAAGCUACAGCGUCUCCUCACAUUUUGGAGCGGGUUAUGGAUUGGGCGCACGUGAACUGACAAGUGGAUUGCCGCUGGAGUCAUGACGUUAUGUACUGAACUAUCAGGUUUUCUGCCAGAUGAUUUUAGAAUCUACAGUUUCUCCUCGUACAUUAAUCAACACAGAGAGGAACAAACAUUCCCAAGUGUUGUUAUGAAUAUCUUGGAGAGCAUGUACUUGAGUGUAUCCCUCUCCCAGAUGCCGGGUGAAAUGUGGAGAGUGGGGUGGGGCAGAAUGCAAGUGAAUAUUAUGUUACAGGUGGAGUAAAGUGUGUCUUAAUACACCUAUGUGAUGUUCCCCUCUGGUGUUAUCUGGACCGGUGAUCGGCUAGGUCACUCCAAUC